UGUUUCGUCCGCGAGCGGACGAAGGAAAUCAAGGUGAGGGAGGUAGGGGGAAAAAAAAAUCCAAAUCCAAAUCUAAAACCAGUCCAAUCCCCCGCAGAGCAGAGCAGCGCAGCGCAGAGGAUGGUGGGCAAGGGAGACGCCCCGGCUCCGCGCGAGCCCGAGGACGAGGAGGAGGACAACGGAGGUGUCGUCAAGCUCAUCAGCGCCGAGGGCUUCGAGUUCGUCGUCGACAAGAAGGCAGCCGUGGUCUCCAACACUCUGCGCAACAUGCUCACAUCGCCAGGAGGCUUCUCCGAGUCGCGCCAGGGCGAGGUCCGAUUCCCGGAGAUCUCCACCCACAUCCUCGAGAAGAUCUGCCGGUACUUCUACUGGUCGCUCCACUACUCCAGUGGGACGGAGUCGGCGGAGUUUGCAAUUGAUCCCGAGAUAACCCUGGAGCUGAUGAUGGCCGCAAACUACCUGGACACUUGAGGAGGAAGCAGGUGGUUGUGCUGCAGCUUUAGGUGUAUUGUUGUGAAUGAGUGAAUGAAACAAGUGAAUUGACCCUCUCUCUUCAUGUCUACAUCUUUCUAGCAUCCACCGGCUGUGCUGGGACGUUUAUUAUCCGUAGAUGCGAUCCGAUCUGACCUGACCUGACCCGGUGUAGCUUAAAGAAGAAGUGUAAGCAUGAGAUGAGACAUGUAACGUGUGUGCAAGUAUUUUUCUAAUCCACUAGACACUAGUUGUGUGUGGGUGCCGGUGCCCAAGCAAGACAAAGCAAAGACAAAAACAAUCUGUAGCACCUUGUUUUGCUGUGAAUCCUCCCUCUGUCC